AUGGUAGCUUGGGCAGCUUUAGGCGCAAUGGGAACAAAAGCAUUAGCAUUUGGAGCAAAAGCACUUGGAGCUUAUGACGCAGUAAAUAAAAUGAGUGGAGGAAGAGUUUCGAAGACAUUAGAUGCAAAUAAAGGAAAGAUUGGAGGCUGGGUUGCAAAGAAGUUAAGAUUAAAUAAAAUAGGGCUCAUAAAUAAAGCAUCCAAUUUGGUUGCGAC